AUGGGAAUAUCAUUGGUUCGCAUAGAUUAUGCGCCAUACGGCCAAAACCCACCUCACACGCACCCACGUGCCACUGAGAUCCUAGUCCUAAUCGAGGGAACAUUAUAUGUCGGUUUUGUCUCUUCAAAUCAAGACAAUAACCGUUUAUUCGCCAAAAUUUUGCAUCCUGGAGAUGUGUUCGUGUUCCCAAUAGGAAUGAUCCACUUUCAAGUGAACAUGGGCAAAACUCCAGCGGUGGCCUUUGCAGGACUAAGUAGCCAGAAUGCUGGUGUCAUCACAAUCGCAGAUACAGUGUUUGGAGCAAACCCUCCAAUUAAUCCAGAAGUUCUGGCUCAAGCGUUCCAGUUGGAUGUCAAUGUUGUCAAAGACCUUGAGGACAAGUUUAAGAACUGA